AUCUUAACUCUUGAUCAGACUACAUGUCUUCCGUCUUAACCCACUCGAUACGAUCAUGCGAUGGCGCAGUCGGUUAGUACGAAUCUAUGAUGUACUUUCCGUCUACGGCUCAUCACUGAUCCCCUGUUCACCGUAUACUUUUGUGUGAGAAUUUGUGUGAGAACCACCUGUGUGAGAACCACCUGUGUGAGAAUUACCUCCUUCAACUCCAAUCCAUCACAAUUUUGUGGUGUUGAUCUUGGACCGUCAAUUUCCCGGGGUGACAAUUCAUCGUCAAAUCCGCCUAUCCUCUGAGUCUUUCUCCGUCAUGUCUGACCGAGAAGCUAUUGUGGUUUUGAAAGCCUUCAAAAGGGCUUCAAGGCCUCUCUUACUCAAGCGAGGAACGUGGCCGAAUCCGCUUUUAGCGACUAUGUCAAGGGUGAGCAUCCAGCAUUGUUGGAAAGAUUUGUCGACCAUUGGGACGAACGACUACAAAAAUAUCUGAAUGCAGAGGAUCAGAUCAUCUGCCAUCUUGGUCUGAUACGCGAGAUGCAGAUCCGGCCGUGGAGGAAAAUCUUCAGGCUUUCUUCAAAGCCAAAUCAAAGUUGAUUGGGUUCCGGAAAGAUGUGGAGGCUUCCAUCCUCCGAGCUGAGGUUAAUGAUCGUCGAUAUUGUAUCUCCCACAACAGCAUCCAGGCAGAUCCGGAGAAGAUGGCCGCGAUUUCAAGGUUUCCUCCUCCUGAGGACUGUUGGGAUUUGAGAUCGUUUCUUGGGCUCGUGAACCAAUUAGGCCAGUUCUCAAAUGAGAUUGCGAAGACCGCGGAACCAUUGAGAGGUCUGUUGAAAAUGAAAAAUGUUUUUAUAUGGCUCCCCGAGCACCUGAGGGCAUUUGAACACGUCAAAUCCGUUCUUACCUCUCCCCCCCGUUUUGGGAAUGUUCAAGCUGGGAGCCAAGACCGUCCUUCAAACGGAUGCAUCCAAGUUAAAGGGCCUUGGGUUCGCACUCAUGCAAUUACACGAGGGUGAGUGGAAACUCAUUCAAUGUGGAUCUCAGUUUUUGAAGGAUGCCGAGAGUAGAUAUGCCAUCCUUGAGCUUGAAGCUUUGGCUAUCGAUUGGGCGAUAAAGAAGUGUCGAAUUUAUUUGGCAGGUUUGGAGAAUUUCGUCGUUGUUACGGAUCACAAACCAUUGAGAAAUAUUUUCAAUGAUCAAAUGCUCAAUGCCAUUGAAAAUCCUCGAAUUCUCACUUAUCGCUCCCGUCUCUCCUUUUUCAAAUUUUCGGUGGAAUGGAAGUGUGGUAAGGAACAUUACAUUCCGGAUGCCUUAUCUCGAGCGCCCGUUGGCAAUCCAAUGGAUGAGGACGACGAUCCCGACAACCAUGGUGGCUUCAAUCUCCAAAUGGCCAUGGUCAAAGCGGGAGAAACCAAUCUAAAUUUAGAUAAUCUAUCUGCUUACGCCGGAUCCUCACCUGAAUAUGGAGCAUUGCGAUCCUCGGUGGAGAAGAACACCGUGAUUAAGAUUUCCUUGGACCAAGCCAAUGCCCGGCGUCUCCAUGAUGAUUCGAUUUGGAAGUCUUACUUCGACCGAACCAGUCGUGCUCGGAAGAAGAUUCCACUGGGCCAAAGUGUAAUGGUUCAAAAUCCGGCCACGCGGCGAUGGGAUCGGCAUGGUCUAGUUGUUGACAACAAAUCGCCGAGACGUUACGUCAUUCGUCGACCCUCUGGUCGGAUAUUGGAGAGGAAUUUAAGAUUCUUGCGUCAAGCUCCUUCCAGUUUCUCCAAUCAAGAGGAUCUCGCCCCUGAUGAUUCUGACCCCAAUGACGAUGCUAUACCCAGACGAUCAAUGCGCCAAAGACGUCAAACUAUACCAUUUCGAGCAUAAUUUAUAUUUUAUAGUUCAGAACUGCUUUGGUUUCUUCUCUUUUAAAAAGGGGAGUUGUGGUGAAUAAUUAUACGUGACCUACUUUCUCGUUGUUUGAUUUAUGUGCCAACGCAAACCAGAAAUACACUUUGAUUUUAACUCUU